AUGGUAAAUACCAGAAGCAGGACAACAGAAGCAGCCCACCCUGUAACCGUUGGGGGCAAUUCAGGGCAGAGGUUUGCCAUCAAGAUAGGCGACAUAAUAGGCUUCAAAGACAGCUACAACAAAAGGUCGAUUGGGUUGGUCAAAAAAAUCCACAAAGACACUCUGAAUGCUAUUACCAUCGACAUCAUCUGUUUUCUAGAGCAGGAUAGCCCAUUUGUUGAGUCUUCCAUCUUCAAGCCCACUGAAAUUGACCUGAAUGAAAUAUUUUUGUCAAAUGUUGAACUCACAAUCAAACCUACCGAUAUCGUUGAGAACAACAUCAAAAUCUACUCAAAUAGCUCACAUUUAAAAUUGAAAAACAGAAAAACUGACAACUCUACUUUUUUUGUGAGAAAGGCUUUCGAUUAUUCAACUAAAAAAUUCACAAUUGAGCCUUUUAACUGGGAUAGAAUCUACAGAAAAUUUCUUCAAAAUCCUCUCAACUUCUUGAACUUUUUGGAAUCAUUGAGGUUUACAGAAGUUUUAAAUGUCAGAAAAAGAAAAACUUUGCAUGAUUCUCGCUCAAUUCAACAAAAGAAAAGACCUAAAACUUCAAGUCCUCCACGAAAAAAUGCCAACAAUUCAAUCCAAAAUGAGAUUGCAAUAGAUAUUGACAUUUCCGAUGAUUUUUCAACCUCUGAUAUUGAAAUUGAGGAAAAUUAUAAAACUAAUAACAAAGACACCUAUGAGUUCGAGAUCACUUCCAAAGACGUUGACACUUCAAGUUAUAUUGAGGAUGAAAGUGAGGAUAUUUCUGACCUCCCAAAAAAAUCAACAAAAAACAAUAUUAAAAAAGCUUCAAGGAAAUCUGCCACUUUAUCUUCAAAAAUUUCUCCCAAAAAAUCUCCUAAAAAGUCCCCAAGAAAACCACCUCUUAAAUUUUCAACACCAAAAGUUCCAGUGAGAAUUGUUAAUAAAGGUGGAAAUAAGGGGAAAAAAUUGCAAUUCGGUUCUGUGGAUACAACUACCGAUUUCAUCAACUCAUCUAUUCAAGAGAAAACAAAUCUUUUUGAAAAAGCUAGAUCUCAAUUACACACUUCGGCAGCUUUAGCUUGUUUGCCAUGUAGAGAGGAAGAAUUUGCUCAAAUAUAUUUGACUCUUGACAGCAUGAUUAAUGAAGGAAACUCUUGCUGUCUUUAUAUUAGUGGAACUCCAGGAACUGGUAAAACUGCAACCGUUCGUCAGGUUAUACAUCAGUUACAAACAAGACUAAAUCUAACAUUGGACCAUUUAAAAAAUAAAAACAAUACAAACUCUUUUAAAAAUGGCAAAAUUAAACCAAAAUUAAAUACCAGAAAGACAAAAUCUCGUAAUAGAAAAAACAGUGGCAUUAUUUUGGACUCUACUUUAAACCCAUCUGCCAGUUCGAAGCAUACUACUAAUUCAAGCUCAUCCUCACCCUCAGAUGUUAAUUCAGAAAAUCCAAUGGAUAGUGAUGAUGAUGAUGAUGAUGAUGAUGAUGAUGAUGAUGAUGAUGUUAAUAAUAUUGAACAAGAUCUCAAUCAAGAUUUUAUUAAAAAUUUCAAGUUUUUAGAAAUCAAUGGGUUAAAAUUAGUAAACCCUCAAGAAUGCUAUGAGAUUUUAUGGAAAUCUAUAUCAGGAAAAAGGCUAUCACCUGGAACUGCUGCUUCUUCUUUAGAAGAAUACUUUAAGGAUUCAGAAAAACAAAAAGAUACCCUAGUUGUCUUAUUAGAUGAGUUAGAUCAAAUAGUCACUAAAAACCAAUCAAUAAUGUAUAAUUUUUUCAACUGGCCAACAUAUUUAAAUUCAAAAUUAAUUAUCAUUGCGGUUGCCAAUACAAUGGAUUUACCAGAAAGGUUAUUAUCAAAUAAAAUUUCAUCCAGACUAGGAUUAACUAGAAUUCAGUUUCCUGGAUAUACAUUUGAACAAUUGGAGAAAAUCAUUCACUUUCGAUUAGAAUCAAUGCAACAAUUAAAUACAAACUUAAAAAAAAGAUUGAAAUUUACAAACGAUGCAAUCGAAAUUGCUUCCAGAAAAGUUGCAAGUGUUAGUGGUGAUGCCAGAAGAGCAUUGACUAUUUGUAGAAGAGCUGUUGAAAUAGCUGAGUUUGAAUAUUUAAAAGAGGAAAAAGAAAAAGAAAAAGAACGACAAGAAAAACUCAAAAUUAAGAAAAUUAGUAAAAAAAAAUAUAAAAACAGUGAGAAAACAAAAAAAGAUGAAAUGGAUUUCGAAAUGGACUCUGAUUCAGAAGAAAACAAGCAUCAUGCAGUUACAAUCAACAAUAUUACAAGAGCCAUACAGGAAUCUACAAAUUCUCCAAUAUCACAAUAUAUAAUAAAUUUACCGUUUAUUUCAAAGUUAUUUUUAAUAGCAUUGUUGAAAAGAAAGAAAAGAAGUGGUGUUGCAGAAAAUCAAUUGGGGGAUAUAAUUGACGAAAUGAAAAGAUUAUUAAAUAUUGAUUUUAUCAAAAAUAUCAAUAUAUCCGAGAAUAAAAAAGUUAAUCUAAUAGAAUUGUUAUAUGGAAGUCAUAAUAUUCGAAUUAGAGGAUUUUAUUAUAUAAUUAAUCAACUAAAUGAUAGUGGAAUUAUUGCCCAAGAAAAUUUUGGAAGUGAAAGGUUGAAAUUAGUUAAAUUAGCAAUUGCUGAUGAUGAUAUAUAUAACUCAUUAUUGAAAGAUAAUGAUUUAAAGCCGUUAUUAGUUUGAUGGAUAUAAUUAUCAUAUUUUAAAAUUCAAUAUUUAUAUUUAUUACUGCUUAUAAUAUAUAUGGCACAAUAUGUAGUAAUGC